AAAACAAAUUGAACCGAGCACUUGAAAUAUAGAUCUAACGCUCUUUCCUGACACGGUUGCCAGGAAACAUGAUCAUGUUGUGUUGUGUCGGAAGGUCUACCAUGAGCUAUUUGAGUUACCUGGAUAUGUUGAAUUCAGCAGCCAAUUGACCAACAUCACCGGAUCAAGGGUGGCCUGAUUUGUUGAGCAAAAGCCUUCUGCUGAUGUAUUUGUGAACACAAAUUACUCAAUUCUUGAUAAGAAGUUGAUCAAAUGAAAUUUCCGCAGCACAUAUGCAUGAAGAGAUUCUUCCCUUUAGGUUAUUACAUGGUUAUGCUGCUAUUGAUUAUCACAACAUUCAAUUCAUGGGGUGUCGCAGACACGGAUAGUUUAGAAUUGGAUAUUGGGUUACUGAGUAAGCAAUUGCUAGUACUGGCAAAAGAAGAAGACUUCUUUGGAUGGUUGAAAAGGAUUCGAAGGAGGAUACAUGAGUACCCAGAGCUUGCAUUUGAAGAGUACAAAACGAGUCAGCUAAUCAGAUCAGAACUUGAUUCUCUUGGAAUUCAAUACACCUGGCCAGUGGCCAAAACGGGAGUGGUUGCUUCUAUAGGCUCUGGGAAACCCCCUAUCUUCUCUCUUCGAGCUGACAUGGAUGCUCUUCCUAUUCAGGAAUUAGUUGAGUGGGAGCAUAAGAGUAAAAUUGAUGGCAGAAUGCAUGCUUGUGGGCAUGAUGCUCACACAACAAUGUUGCUAGGUGCAGCCAAGUUGCUCCAACUCAAACAAGAUAAAUUAAAGGGCUCGGUGAAACUGGUAUUUCAACCUGCUGAAGAGGGCCGUGGUGGAGCUUACCAUAUGAUAAAAGAAGGUGCUUUAGAUGGGUCUCAGGCAAUUUUUGGCUUACAUAUUGACCCAUCCAUGCCUACUGGCACAAUUGGUUCCAGGCCCGGUCCGUUUUUGGCCGGCGCCGGCAGGUUCAUAGCCAGUAUUAGAGGAGAAGGUGGGCAUGCAGCAAGCCCCCACAGAACUAAAGAUCCAGUUCUGGCUGCAUCUAUGGCUAUCCUUGCACUUCAACAGAUAGUCUCUCGCCAAACUGAUCCAUUGGAGGCCAUGGUGGUCUCUGUUGGGUUCAUUGAUGGUGGUCAAGCAGGAAAUGUGAUACCGGAGAUUGUGAAAUUUGGAGGAACAUAUCGAAGCAUGAGUACUGAUGGUUUUGCCUAUGCUCAGCUAAGAAUCAGAGAGAUUAUAGAGAUGCAAGCCUCUGUGCAUCAGUGUACUGCUGUUGUGGACUUCAUGUUGGAAACAAUGAGGCCUUAUCCGGUGACAGUUAAUGACGAACAGAUGUAUGAACAUGCAAAGAGUGUCGGAGAACAUUUGCUUGGAGAAACCAAUGUGCAUCUGGUUACAGGGAGUAUGGGGGCAGAAGAUUUCAGCUUCUAUACCCAGAAGAUGGCAGGUGCCUUUUUUGACAUCGGGAUACAGAAUGAAACCUUAAAAUCUGGUGGUCUGCACACGCCUCGCUUGAUUAUAGACGAGGAUGUACUUCCCAUUGGAGCAGCUCUCCAUGCUGCAGUUGCAAUGGCUUACUUGGAUGCUCAUGUUGGGAGGCAAUCAAAAUCUUAGAAGUUAGACAGAUGUAUCAACUAGUAAGAAUGGUGUAAAGAAAAAGCAGAAUGAGAACCAAGUAGUGUAUACCUGAAGAUAGAAAGAAUUGGAAUCUCAUGUGCGAAAAGAUUGUUGGAUUUACGAGAUAUCAUUUAAAUAAAUUAAAUCAUUUCGAAGAGAAACAAAA